UGGACUUGAACUUGUUGGAAAAUUAAAGGUCUACACUAUGAUCAGUAUCACACGUUUAUAUUCAUUAAGAAAUAUUCGAUAAACACAUUCUUUCUUUAAAAAUAUGGGUGAUAGCGUGCUCGCAGCUCUUUCUAGAAAGCUGGGGAUCGCUUCGAAUGAUGUAAUUCGUAAAGCAGCCGAAUUUCAAAGGAUAGUCGAAGUGCGAUGCGGAUCUAGCCUUGCCUCGCUCAACCUGAGUAAUACGGCCACAGCUGUCAUCUGUUUAGAAUUCGCUGCAAAUGCUUCAGGGUUGUCUUUCACAAAGACAACAGCUAUUCAACUUUCUGGGUUGACAAAGAAGUUGUAUAUUAAUGCAUACAAGGCAAUCGAAUGUAUUCUUGGAAAACAAAAAAUGGUUACUCUACGAGAUUUUGCUGUCAUGUUUGGUUGCGUCAGUUCAGUUCCAUUUGCCGAGGAAGUGCUUGGGAGUUACAAAUCAACUCAAAAUGGAGCUGUAGAUUUGGACCAGCCAGUUUUUGCUGCCGCGACUUUGUAUGUUGUUUGCAGGAGUAAAAAAGUGCGUUUAGACAAGAGCAAGUUGAUUACUCAGAUCAAUGUUAAAAGAUCUAUAUUUGACAAUGUUUGCAAACAAAUUCAACCCUUUUUGGACAAUGUGACAGAAAACUCGAAAGUAAAAGAUUCUAAAAGGCCUUACGGUUGGCUUGAAGAAAGUGUUAAAAAAUCGUCAGGCGAUGGACCAGGAACCAAGAGAACUCGAAUUUCUGAAGACGAACGAAAACAACAAGAGGUUGCCGAUUAUGAAAGUUGGAAAUUAAAAAUGUUGAACGAGACUGCAGAAAAUGACAAAGAUAGUACUUAAUAUCAUCAUCGCGUUGAACUCGGUACGUCAUGUAAAAUUCCGUAAACAGACUCCGACCGGAAUAAUAUUCUGCCCAAAUGAACAAAAAUGGCAAAAAUCAAAGGAAAACCGGAGCAUUUAAAAUCAGGCCUUAAUUUGCUUUUCGCUUUUUAAUCUUGAUUCAGAACUACGUCGACUCCUUUGAAUUUGAAUUUUAUGAACUGCAGUUUG